AUGUUGAUCAAGUCGGAAUAUCCACCAGUUGCACUUGCCACCGCACCAUUUCACGAAACUCUUCUCAGUGCUAUCAAGAAACACACAGAAGGCGAGAACAAGACAGCAUUUGUAUGCGCUGAAACAAACAAAGAAGUGAGCUUCAAGGAUGUUCAUGACUUAUCUCAUUCUGUUGCAUCAUUCCUUCAUAAGAAGAAUUUCCGGAAAGAUGUGGCCUGUAUGGUUAUGCCGAAUCACUGGGUUUGGGCGCCCUUCUUCCUUGGCGUCACGAUGAACGGCGGUACAUUGACCGGAUUCAACCCAGCAGCGACUGAAUAUGAACUAAAGCAUCUUUUCGUCGACAGCCGAGCGAAGGUGGUGCUUACAAACAACGAGUCGUUAACAAAAGUGCUCACCGCUUCUCGCGAGUCGCCGUACAUGAAACAUGUGAUCUGCAUUCAAGACGAACCUUCUGGUCACCUUACAGCUGGGGUGCACUCUUGGAAUGAGGAUGUGGUCGGCACACCUGCUAAAGCAGUUCCCAAACCAGAUAUCGACAUUGCUAGCAGUGUACUGUUCCUGCCAUACUCGAGUGGCACGACAGGAGUGCCAAAGGGGGUU